CACUGCUGACACAUGCUCUGCUUCUCUGCGCCAUAUGACUUAAAACCUUUGACAAGAUGUUCUCCAGAGGCUGCACUGUGUUGAAAACCUAGUUUGGCCUCAGUGUUCACAGCCAACCGUUUCUCUCAUCAGCGUGGAGCAGCAGCCGCAGCAGCCAGGAUGAUCCCGGUGGGUGAACUGAAAAACCUCGGCACAGAGCCGAACUCCAAGUUUCGGGUGCUGAAGCCGUGGUGGGAUGUUUUCUCAGAGUACCUGUGCAUUGCCAUGCUGAUGAUUGGAGUCUUUGGUUGUACCCUGCAGCUCACUCAAGACAAGAUUGCAUGCCUGCCCAGUCACUUCACCAGCCCAACGCCAGAGGCAAUCGACUGCAGCCACAUCAGCACUUACGCAGAGAACAAGACAAGGCAGCACACACUGGUCAAACCUGCAAGUCCCAUCAUGGUGGAGGUGACCGGCCGCAAGAACAACCUGGACAUCCAUCAGUAUUUGUUUGUUAAUCACUAUUGCUACGAGAGGUUCGUCCACUGGUACGCAAAGUACUUCCCCUACCUCGUCGUGAUCCACACUGUGAUCUUCAUGGCAGCGAGCAGCUUCUGGUUCAAGUUCCCCGGAACAUCUUCUAAGAUUGACCUCUUUGUGACCAUCCUCGUGAAGUGCUUUGAGUCCCCGUGGACCACAAGGGCCCUAAGUGAAGUGUCAGAGGAAAGAGGAGAGGAGAAGCUGGUCAUUUGGAGGAGGAACACCACCUCCAAGGAACAUGCAGAGCGACGAGGGGAUGAGGAGGAGACCACAGGGCUUCUUCGCUCCUUGUCUGUCAAGUCUAAUUCAGAAAAGAAAACCCCAGAGUCUCAGUCUGCCCCCUCCGCCCUGGACAAGAAGGAAGGCGAGCAGGCCAAAGCUCUAUUUGAAAAGGUUAAGAAGUUGAGAACUCAUGUAGAGGAGGCAGACCUCUGUUAUGUCAUGUAUGUGCUACAGACAUCGGUCAAGGUCUUUAAGUUCCUUUUGAUCAUCAUCUACACUGCAGUGAUGGCACCAAACAUUGAGAUUGUAGUGCACUGUUACGUUCCUCCUGAUCUGACUGGUUUUGACAUUUUUUGCUGUAACCACAACAAAGCCCAUCUUUUCUCCAAGCUUGCUUAUUGCUACAUCUGCUUUGUGGGAGUGUAUGGUCUCCUGUGUAUCUAUUCCUUCUACUGGCUGUUCCACCGGCCACUCAAAGUGUACUCCUUUGACCAGGUCAGACUAGAGACAGGUAUUAACGAUAUACCAGACGUAAUGAAUGACUUUGCAUUCCUCCUGCACCUUGUGGACCAAUAUGAUGCCCUCUACUCUAAGAGAUUUGCCGUCUUUCUUUCUGAGGUCAGCGAGAGUCGUCUCCAUCAGCUCAACCUCAACCACGAGUGGACCGCCAAAAAGCUACGCGACCGUCUUGUCAAGAACACGAAUAACCUGUUGGAGCUGCACCUGUCAAUGUUGCCGGGGCUUCCUGACACCGUGUUUGAGCUGUCUGAGGUGGAAUCGCUCAAACUGGAGCAAGUUAAAAACGUUACCAUCCCACUGACUGUGGUAAAGCUAGACUCUCUCCAGGAAUUGUCGCUGCUCUACUGCCAAGCAAAGCUCCAGCUGCCUGCCCUGAACCACCUGAAGGAUCAUUUGAAGAUCCUUCGUCUAUCUUUUGAAAAUUUCGAUGAAGUACCUUUGUGGAUGUACACCCUGAGUGGUCUGGAGGAGCUACAUCUGAACAGUCCCUUAACUGAUUCGUCCAAAAGUGCCACUCUGGACUCCCUCCGAGACCUUCGAGCUCUGAGACUCCUCACUUUCCGCUCCAACCUUUCAAAAAUCCCGCCCAGCGUGGGGGAUGUAGCAGUGCAGCUGCAGAGGUUGUGUAUCUAUAAUGAAGGUGUCAGACUCCAGGCGUUCAGCAGCCUGAAGAAGUUAACCAACCUGCUUUCACUGGAGUUAGUGGGCUGUGAGUUGGAGCGCAUCCCAAGUGCUGUCUUCAGCCUGAACAAUCUACAGGAGUUGGACCUGAAAGACAAUAAACUGACCACUGUGGAGGAGAUACUGAGCUUACAGCACUGUCGCCGGUUAGUGACCCUGCGACUGUGGCACAACAAAAUCACUUACAUCCCUGAUCACAUCAGUAAAUUGCACUCCCUAGAGACGAUAGAUCUCAGCUGGAACAAGCUGAGGAAGCUUCCCUCUCGACUGUUUUAUUGCACCAAGCUCAGGCACAUAGAUGUUUCCCACAACCAGCUGACCUCUCUUCCUCCUGAGGUGGGCAUCCCACAAGGCCUCCAGUUCUUCUCGGCUGCUUUCAACUCUUUAGAGAUGGUGCCAGAGGAGCUGUUCUCCUGUAAAAAGCUAAAGACGCUGGCUCUUGGAAACAACUGCCUGUCAUACCUAAGCCCUAGCGUGGCCAACCUGCCUCAACUGAUCCGGCUGGAGAUUAAGGGGAAUCGUCUGGAGUCUCUUCCUCUGGAGAUAGCAGAUUGUCCCCUUCUGAAUGUCAGUGGGUUGAUAGUAGAGGACAACCUGCUGGAUCUGCUGCCACCGGAUAUGCGAAGCAGGCAGGCGAUGAGCUAAGUUUGUAGAGCUAAUGGACGCUUCUUCUCUCCGUGGACUGUCAUGGUCGAAGCUCAUGGAAAAUUAGCAGUUUGUUGAUCUGUAGCACUAGAGGGAACUUUGUCCUGUCCAGGAUUUCUUCUGCUCUGCUCAUUGGCUUCUCAGAGUUCUUUUUACACUUAAAUUUGAUCACAAACUUCAGAUAUUGUGUUGGCUCAUGUGCAAGCCAGUCAUGUUCCCUUGUGGAUCUCUAUAGAGAGAUAUAUAAAGAUAAGUGGAGGGAGACUUUUACGAUCUUAAAUAUGGAUCAGACUGAGACAAGAGAAUGGCUUUUUCUCAGGAGCUAAAUUUAUGGGAUAGGAGAAGUCAAAAUCGAAUAUCUGAUCUUAGAUUAAAGGUUCAACCUCCAAACGUGAAAGAGAACCUGUGUACCGGUGUUUGGUUUGUCCAGUUAGGACUAUUGUAAAAAACAUAGCGGCCUCUGUGGAGAGGAUCCUUUCCCCACGUAAAUAUAAAUUAUUUAAAUAUAAAGGGCCCAUUCAAGGGUAGAGUAGACAACAAUUCAUACAAUUUAGGUUAUUACACACUAGUGAAAACAUCUCUAGGGUUAUUUAAUAUUCAAUUUCUGCCUUACACAAUGGACGUUUAACAUUAAACAUUUAAAGCUCAGUUAUGUCUAGGAUAAACAGGAAGGACAAAGAGGGGAUAUGGAAUUUUCCUUUCCUCUGCAACGAAAACCAUCAUUAAAUCCAGAAGUCAACCUGCAAAAAAAAAGAAACUUUUUUAUAACAUGUAUGUUUCAAUUUACGUCAGAUGCAUUUUCUAAAAAUACAUUUUUGAAGGUCAUAUGUGUCCUGUAAAUACCUAACUGUAUUUAUUUAUUUUUUAAAUGGUGCAUAUUGCACAUUAUUGUAAACUUUAUUAUAAAUACAGAGUCAGACUAAUGUUAUAAUUCUUUUAUAAUUAGCAUUAAUAAAAGAAAAACCUUGUAAUUUUCAUGAGCCAACGUUUUUAUUCACUCUGUGCACAAUAUGUAGCAGGUUCCCUCAGAGCCAGAGAUUAGUAACUGUGCUGUUUCCUGUUGAACAGGUUCCUACAGAAUUGAGCGCAUGUCCCACAGUGUGGGGGCUCAAGUUGCUGCCUUUCAGGCACCAAACAAGUAGGAAGAAGAAAAGCCUUUCAGCAGGAGAAUAAUAAGUGUCCACUCCUCCAUUUACAAUUCUGUCCAACUGAGGUGGAGACUGAAUACUCAAAGAUGAGUAUGAAUCAGGUAAAGGUCAAGUCAACAUAAUAUUGGUCAUGCAAAGCAGGUCUGAGUAAAUAAUCAUAAAGCCAGAGAAAAGACAAAACAUCAGUCUUCAAAUGUCUUAGAUUCACAAUGAUGUCUUCGGUGAGGGAUGAUGCUCUUGAUUUCAACAUGUUAUGAAUUGAUGGCUACCAAAGUUUCACUCAGGUUUUAGUAACUUGUGAGGUAUUUGGUUUCCAGAAAACCCUGUCAACCAAGUGAUUUGAGUAAUAACAUGUUAAAAACUAUAUUGUAAUUUCCCUCAUAUAAUUCUAAGAUUUAAAAAGUUUCUGUAGCUCAACUGAAGGUCCAUCUAGUAACUUGUUUUAGUUUUAUAGUUUUUGUGGUUUAAAUGCUUUAAAUGUUACAUAUUAUACUAAGUGUUUUUCUCUCUCUCACACAAAGAAAUUCCUUCCUUUUUUCUUUCUCCCUAUGUUCAUAAGAGCAGUAUCUCUGUCCCAGACUCCGAUUUGCAUUUUACGUCACACAGGACGUCCACCUCUCUGCCUGAACUGCUCUGCCAUCAUGUCCUGGCUUGCACAGUAUUAAAUGUGAUCCUGUCAGCCGGGUUACAGACAUACCACAGUAAUGUUUGAGCGUACACUGACCUGCCCACUGUGACACACACCUCCAUGGCCAACUGUUCUUUUCUUUCACAUUUCGUCCUUUAUGGAUUCGAGCACUGAACCUUUUCAGCAAAAGAGAGAAAGAGGGGGAUUGAACUGUGGAAUCAGUUCAAUCUGUGGUUCAGAACUGCAUGACCUUAUAUAAUCGUUUUUUUUUCAUUUCCAUAUUUUUUUUUUAAACAGUGAAAAAGUUUGUAUGAGGAUUAAAUGAUGAUAAGAGUGAACAAAUUAUCACUAUUGUCAGCAUUAUCGUACCAUUGUUGAAAUGUACAAAAUUAACUUUGAAAAGGGAAGGUUGUAGCUUGUUAAGAAGUCAACUCAGAAUAUGUGAUGUUGUUGAAAACACCAUGUUUAAUAUCUGUGUUUUCAAAGGUUCAGUUCCCUUUGACAGCAAAGUGGCCUGACUCAAGUAUUGAGUUCAAUGAUUUACUCAACUUCACACAAAUUCAAUCAAUGAUUUAGUAUCGUUGCGCAGGAAAGUCCAACAGAAGAAGGAAAUAAAUUGCUUUAAACAACAGAGUUUUGUCCACGUUGUUGAUGCUGGCGCGUAUCAACCAAAUCACCAUGGUAAUAACGGACGUUUAGGAUUUAAACUGUAAAAUUAACAAUUUGGUAUCAAAGUCCAUAAUUCAUAAGAUGUUUUAUGGUAUUUUACCACUGUCUUUAUAUAGAUUGAUAUGGCUGAUA